AGCAGAGUCAAGCAGUCCCGAACAGUGCCAGGCCACAAACCCGACCCAAAUGGCCCACUUCAGAGCCUAAAAACCCGGACUAAAACCAGGGUGAAGACCCGGGCUAAACCCUGGAUCACACGCCGCCGUUCCACCCGGAAGCUCCCGGGGAGAAAUCCGGAUUAAAGCCCGAUUCUCGGGCCAGUUAACCCGGAGUGAAGACGCUUCAGGGACUGGGUGUCCUCCUUCCAGAUGGCGGACGCCGAGGUCUCCCUGUCCCCGGCGCUGCAGGCGCUGCACCUAAGCCCCGCCCCCCCGCCCCCCCCCGCCGCCGCCUCCCCCACCACCUUCUCCUGCCCGUCCUCCCCCUCCAGCGCCUCCUCCUCCUCCUCCUCUUCCUCUUCCUCCUGUUCUGAGAGUUCCUCCGACUGCCCCCCCCACCACCACCAUCACCACCACCACCACCCGCGCCCGCUGCCCCCCCCGCCCCCCCCGCUGGGCGAGCAGCCGUCCUCCCCCAGCGCCAGCCCCCGUAGCUCCUCCCCCAGCGGCAGCCUCGGCAGCACCGGCAGCCUCGGCAGCAGCACGUCCAGCGCCGGCGGGGGGGGCGAGCCGCGCUGCCCCAGCCCCCCCCUGGACGUCAUCUCCGAGGACGCCAUGGAGAUGGACAUCGCCGCCGACCAAGUGAAAGAUCUCGACCGCCUCCACCUUUAA